GCUGCAGUAGCGAGGAGGCUUUUGGGGUCGCCCGGCGGGAGGAGGGGGUGCUGCCAUGAUCCCGCGUGAGGUGGCGAGGGCGUGCGCAGGGGCGCGGCGCGGCGGUGUCCAGGUAGCGGCGCACCGGGGAGCGCGUUUCGGGAGGGGCUGGCUCGGAGCAGUCUGGGCCUGGACGGUCAGUUUUACUGUCGGUCCCUCGAUCCCUGCUGCUCUGCGCUUUCGGCGAUUUGCGGUGGUCCAGGAUCGCGGAUCCAUUCUCCCGAGACCUGUGUGGAGUCCGCCCCGCUUAGUCGUGGAGAUUCAUCGGUCGAAACUCUCCAGGCCAUAAUGGCUUCAACAAGUAAAGCAAUUGAAUUACAACUGCAAGUGAAACAAAAUGCAGAAGAGUUACAAGACUUUAUGAGGGAUUUAGAAAACUGGGAGAAAGAUAUUAAACAAAAGGAUAUGGAACUUAGAAGACAGAAUGGUGUUCCUGAAGAGAAUUUACCUCCUAUUCGAAAUGGGAAUUUUAGGAAAAAGAAGAAAGGCAAAGUUAAAGAGUCAUCUAAAAAAACCAAAGACGAAAACACAAAAAACAGGAUAAAAUCUUAUGAUUAUGAGGCAUGGGCAAAACUUGAUGUGGAUAGUAUUCUUGAUGAACUUGACAAAGAAGAGAGUACCCAUGAUUCUGUGUCUCAAGAAUCCGAGUCAGAAGAAGAUGGUAUUCAUGUAGAUUCACAAAAGGCUCUUGCUCUAAAAGAAAAGGGCAAUAAAUACUUCAAACAAGGAAAAUAUGAUGAAGCAAUUGAGUGCUACACCAAAGGCAUGGAUGCUGAUCCAUAUAAUCCAGUGUUGCCAACAAACAGAGCAUCGGCUUACUUCAGACUGAAAAAAUUUGCUGUUGCUGAGUCUGAUUGUAAUUUAGCAAUUGCCUUGAAUAGAAGUUAUACAAAGGCUUAUGCAAGACGAGGUGCUGCUCGAUUUGCUUUGCAAAAAUUAGAGGAUGCCAAAAAAGAUUAUGAAAAAGUAUUAGAACUGGAACCAAAUAACUUUGAAGCUUCAAAUGAACUCAGGAAAAUUAAUCAGGCUUUAACUUCCAAAGAAGACUCAUAUCCAGAGGAAACUGAUACAAUGGUUAAGUCAGAUGAAGGAGAGAAAAAACAGAUUGAAGAGCAACAGAAUAAACAACAGGCUAUUUCGGAGAAAGAUCGGGGAAAUGCGUUUUUCAAAGAGGGGAAAUAUGAAAGAGCAAUCGAAUGCUAUACUCGAGGGAUAGCAGCAGAUGGCGCUAAUGCCCUUCUUCCAGCUAACAGAGCAAUGGCCUAUCUGAAGAUUCAGAAGUAUGAAGAGGCUGAAAAAGACUGCACACAAGCUGUCUUGUUAGAUGGCUCGUAUUCUAAAGCUUUUGCCAGAAGAGGCACUGCAAGAACAUUUUUGGGAAAGUUAAGUGAGGCCAAACAAGAUUUUGAAACUGUUUUACUUUUGGAGCCUGGAAAUAAACAGGCAGUAACUGAACUUUCUAAAAUUAAAAAGGAAUUAAUUGAGAAAGGACACUGGGAUGAUGUCUUUCUUGAUUCUACUCAAAGGCAAAAUGUGAUAAAACCCAUUGAUAAUCCGCCUCAAUUUGGAUCAACUAAGCCACUCAAGAAGGUUAUUAUUGAAGAAACUGGUAAUUUGAUACAGACUGUUGAUGUGCUAGAUAGCACUGCUACUGUGGCUACUCCAGAGUGUAAUCCUGUUACCCUGGCAAGUGUAACAGCAACCACAGGCAUGACAAAUAAGAACUCGAGCCAAGAUGACCUUUUGCCCACAAGUGGUGUCCCAAAAGCCAAAGUAUUGAAAAUAGAAGAAAUCAGUGAUACUUCAGCUCUUCACUCUCAUGUCAAUUUGAAAAAGGAUGUAUGUCAGUCUUUCAGUGAGAAGAUUCCUAUAGAGGUAGACAAAACACCUGCUCAGUUUAUCAGGACUGUUCUUCCUCCAGUUCCUGCAAACUCAUUUCAGCUUGAAUCUGAUUUCAGACAACUGAAAAGUUCUCCGGAUAUGUUGUAUCAGUACUUGAAGCAAAUUGAACCAUCCUUGUAUCCCAAGUUGUUUCAGAAAAAUCUAGAUCCAGAUGUAUUCAACCAAAUCAUUAAAAUUCUGCAUGACUUUUACAUUGAGAAAGAAAAGCCAUCACUCAUCUUUGAAAUCUUACAAAGACUUUCUGAACUAAGAAGGUUUGAUAUGGCAGUGAUGUUUAUGUCAGAAUCUGAGAAGAAAGUGACACGUGUAUUAUUCAAUCACAUAGACAAAUCAGGAUUGAAUGAUAACUCUGUUGAAGAACUCAAGAAAAGAUAUGGUGGUUGAUUUCCAUUUUUGCUGACAUUAUUGCCUCUUUAAAUUUCAUAUGUAAAUUUUCUACUGAAAUUAAUUUGCUUUUUAAGAAAAUUAAAUCAUACAGAAAAAGGACUGUUUUUGGACAUAAGCUAAUAAACUGUAAAGUGAAUUGUGCUUAACUAGUGAGAAAUAUACUUAAGUGAACUAUUUAUAAGUUUUUUCUGAAAAUAAAAAUAUAAAUAAUGAGGUAUACUUGUAAAGAUCAGUAUUCUAUUUUGUAAGUCACUUGAAAUGUUUAGAUGUAUUCUUCAGUGCCUCAUGUUACAUUAUUUUUAUAUUUUUAUGAGUUUUUGUAACCACAUGUUAAGGUUGCUUCAUAAGCAUAUAAUAAAAUUAUGUUUAUAUAUAGAGAAUUAGGUAGAUAAUCAUGUUGUUUCAUUAUAAAAUGGUUUCAUAUCAUUGUGCCAGUUCACUAACAUAAAAUUGCUUAGUUGCAGGAUGUGUAUUUUUAGUGUUUAUUUUGAAGGAAGACUUUAUUAUUUAGACUUUUAAAUAAAAGAUUACUUGGAGAGUCACAGCA